AUGCCUUUAAGAGACCCAAGUCUCCCCAAUGAAGACAUCAGUCCCGUGUACAGUGCGCCGACGGUCAAGCUUAGGACGCCUGAAGACAACUUGACCCCACUUCAGUACAUGACUGUAUCAUGGAUGGGUCCACUGAUCCAGAAGGGCAUAACAAGAAAGAUGGAUGACGAAGAUGUGUGGGAUCUCGGCUGGGAGUUCAAGCAUGCACGACUUCAUGAAGCUUUUCGGAAGCUCGAAGGCUCCGUAACACGCAGAGUCUUUGUGGCAAACGGUAUGGAUGCUGUGCGCACAACGAGUCUGAAUCUUUUGCGCUUAUGUGCAACACUACUGACGCCAGUCCUGUUGCAACAGCUUCUGGGUUCAAUGGACGAUCCAGAUUCACCAAGUAGCGCUGCGAUAACAUACGCUUUCAUAUCGCUUUUUGUACGUCUAGUUUCGUCACAGUGUAAUGUCUUCAACCUGUGGUACCAGCGACGCGCAUAUGAGAGGUCGCGAGGUCAGCUCAUCACCAUGCUGUACGAGAAGACACUCAAUCGCAAGAUACUUGGUGCAAAGCAAGAGGCGAAAGAAGAGCCACAGGUUGGGGCUAGCAACGGCAUUACGAAUGGCCACACGAAUGGCCACGCAGACGGCGAAACCAGUGCGGAGACAAACGGUGAAGCAGCUGCUUCCUCACAGCCUCUCAAGAUCGCGCCUCAGAGCAAACUCGUGAGGAUAUGGGCUCGUCUGCGGUCGGUUUUCUCAAGGUCUACGAAGAAAGAGAAAGAGGAAGAAAGUGCGGCUGCGUCAAUGGGCAAGAUUCUUAAUCUUAUGCGUAACGAUGUUUACGAGAUCUCACAACGUUUCUGGGAAUUUUCAGACAUUAUCGUCAAGCCACUUGGAGUCAUUGGAUCAACGCUUCUCAUCUGGAGAAUGCUCGGAUGGUCAUGUCUUCUCGGAGUGCUUGCUCUUGCAGUCACGCAGGUGCUGAGCGUGGUUCUUGCGCGUUAUCAGGUAUAUUUUGAGAAGAAACGCCGAAAGGCAACGGACGAGAAGCUACAGCGAACGACACAGUUCAUUGACUCAAUCAGACAUCUUCGCUGGUAUGGCUGGCAUGAGGCAUGGCUAAAGGGAAUUCUCGAAUCACGACAGGCGGAGCUGCAUUUGCGUGUCCUACAGAUCAUCUUCAACACGACACUUGCAUUUAUCAUGAGGUUUGGUUCUGGACUGUUUCCGGCAGUGGCGUUCUAUGCAUUCACCAAGAUGGCUGGAAAGCCUCUCCGGGUUGACUUGAUCUUCCCUGCCAUCGACCUUUUCAGGUUGCUCGAGUCGUAUCUUGGCGCUUUGCCUCCACUCAUUACGACAUUGCUAAACGCUUACGUUGCGAUGGGUCGCAUCGAAGCGUUCAUGGCUGAGCCCGAUAAGGAGCAGGCUGUUGUGGUGCCCGAAAGCUCCGAUGAUCUGGGUCUACGAAACGCAUCGUUCGCCUGGCCUGGGGUGGACCAAAAUGUGCUUGAGGACAUUACGCUAUCUUUUCCGCUUGGGCUUACCGUCAUCUAUGGCGAAGUGGCUGCUGGCAAGACUGCCUUACUACAAGCACUCCUCGGGGAACUCGACAAGACCGCAGGAGAGCACACUCGUCCCGACCAGGUUGUCGGUUAUUGUGCUCAGACACCCUGGCUUCAGAGUAUGAGCAUCCGCGACAACAUCCUCUUCUCCGAACCAUACGAAGAAGCGCGAUACAAGCAGGUGCUGGAAGCUUGCGCAUUGAUACCUGAUAUGGCGGAGUUCAAGCAUGGGGAUCUAUCGAACAUCGGUGAGAAUGGCAUCGGCUUAUCAGGGGGACAGAAGGCUCGUGUAGCUCUCGCCCGUGCUGUGUACAGCAAAGCAAGAAUACUGUUCCUCGAUGACCCUUUAUCAGCAUUGGACCACCAGACGGCCGAUUUUAUCGUUCACAAGUUGCUUGCCAGCUCACUAGUAGAGGAGCGCGUCACUGUGCUGGUUACACAUCGGACUGAGCUUUGCCACGAUCUCGCGAAGCAGUGGGUUGAACUCGACCAUGGACGAGCGACAAUCCACGAGCCUACAAAAGGAGACGACAGGAACGCCUUAAAACGAGCACAGACGAAUGAUUCGCUGUCGGAAGAAGAAGCCAAGAAGCGCGAAGAGGAGCAGGCAGCGGCCAUUCCUGACAAGUUCAUCGAAGACGAGCACCGAGCUGAAGGCGGCGUCAAGAUGAAAGUGUAUUGGCGCUACAUCAAAGCCGGCACCCUGCGAUGGUGGGCUAUCUCGCUUGUUGUGAUGGCACUGUUUCGAUUGAUCGACGUUGCCGAGACCUGGUUCAUCAAAGCCUGGGGCGAAGGCUACGGCGAGAAACACAAGGACAGCGUCUUUGACUUCCUCCCUCCACCUACCGAGAAUGUCGUGCCUUGGCUCUGGGGAUUUUUCCUGUUCGUGACCGGAACCGCAGUCUUGUUCUGGCUGACGAACAUCAUCAUGUUCGGUGUAGGCUACCAUGCUGCGAAAGCCAUCUUCAAGGAAGCGAUUGAAAGAGUCGCUCAUGCGACAUUCAGAUUCUACGAUGUCACGCCGGUUGGACGCUUGAUGAAUCGCUUGACAAGUGACAUGAACACAGUAGAUGGAGGUUUGAGUUCUGCAUUUACCAUCUUUGGGUGGCAGAUGAUUGGCUUCAUCAGCUGUAUCGUGGUGAUUCUCGCCUCGACACCCGCUUUCCUCGCCUUCGGACUGCUCCUAUGCUGCGGGUUUGUGUACAACUUCUACCGCUUCUUGCCGACUUCGCAAAGCUUGCGGCGUCUCGAGAUGGUCUCGCUCUCUCCUCUCAUGUCCAACUUCGGCGCCCUUGUCGAGGGCUUGACCACCGUCCGCGCCUUCAACGCUCAACCUCGGUUCCAGGCCCGUGUCAUAGAAGUCGUUGACAACUUCCAGAAGAACGACCAUUUCUACUGGUCUCUGCAAGCCUGGUUGUCAUUCCGAUUCAGCACAAUGUCUGCGAGUGCGACACUCGUCAUGACGUUAAUUGCCGUGUAUACUGGCAUCGGUACGGGUCUGACUGCCUUUGUCCUCAUCACUGCCAGCCGCUUCGUUAUGUACACGGAGUACAUGUGCCGAAUCUAUGGCCAAUUGGAGAUGCAGUUCACGAGUGUGGAACGAGUCAUAGAGCUGCUCGAUCUCGAGCAAGAAACUCCAGGUGUCGUUGAUCCACCUGCACACUGGCCAACAUACACAGGGGACAUUACAUUCGAAGAUGCUACCAUUCGCUACGCGGAAAACCUCGAGCCCGCGCUGCAGAACAUCACUCUCAAAAUCCCAGCUGGAAGCAACACCGCAGUCAUAGGUCGCACCGGCUCCGGGAAGUCCACCCUUGCGCUCUCCCUUCUAGCCACGAUCGCACCAGAAAGCGGCCGCAUUCUCAUCGACGGCGUCGAUAUCUCCACCGUCAAGAAACAAGCACUGCGAAGCCGUGUGACUUUCUUGGCCCAAGAGCCUGUGCUCUUCCCUGGCAGCAUGCGCAAGAAUCUUGACCCACUGGACGAGUACUCAGACGGUGCCUGUGAAGCCGUGCUCGCUAAAAUUGCCGGCAACCAUGGCUGGACACUCUCCACCAAUAUCGAAGGCGGCGGCAAAGGGCUAUCGCAAGGCCAGAGACAGCUUGUCGGUCUAGCUCGUGCGAUGCUGAGAAGGAGCCCAGUACUCAUCAUGGAUGAGGCGACUGCGAGUAUCGAUUUUGAGACUGCGCAGCGAAUCCAGAGCGUGCUAAGAGAGGAGAUGAAGGAGAGCACAGUGAUUACGAUCGCGCAUCGCUUGGAGGCGGUAAAGAAUGCUGAUUACUGUGUUGUCCUGGGUAAGGGAAAGCUGAUCAAGGCCGGAAAGGCGGAAGACAUGUUGAAGGAGGGCAGUGAGUUUAGUGGAAUGUUGGCGUAG